CGGGCUGGGACGGGCGGAGCGUCCAGAGGCUCCCGAGGCUCCCGCCGCCCCCGUUGCAGGUCCCGCCGCCCGCACACCGGCUCCCCGCCGCCACCGGGCCAGGCACCGGCACCGGCACCAUGUCGGUGGCGGGGCUGAAGAAGCAGUUCUACAAAGCCACCCAGCUGGUCAGCGAGAAGGUCGGAGGGGCCGAAGGGACCAAGUUAGAUGAUGACUUCAAGGAGAUGGAAAAGAAAGUGGACGUGACCAGCAAGGCUGUCACAGAAGUCCUGACCAGAACCAUUGAGUACCUCCAGCCCAACCCAGCUUCCAGAGCCAAGCUCACCAUGCUCAACACCAUGUCCAAGAUCCGCGGGCAGGUGAAGAACCCCGGCUACCCCCAGUCCGAGGGGCUGCUGGGGGAGUGCAUGAUCCGCUAUGGGAAGGAGCUGGGAGAGGAUUCCAACUUUGGGGACGCGCUCCUGGACGCCGGCGAGUCCAUGAAGCGCCUGGCGGAGGUGAAGGACUCGCUGGACAUCGAGGUCAAACAGAACUUCAUUGAUCCCCUGCAGAACCUGUGUGACAAGGACCUGAAGGAGAUCCAGCACCACCUCAAGAAGCUGGAGGGGAGGCGCCUGGACUUCGACUACAAGAAGAAGCGGCAGGGCAAGAUCCCCGACGAGGAGCUGCGCCAGGCCAUGGAGAAGUUUGAGGAGUCCAAGGAAGUGGCAGAGACCAGCAUGCACAACCUCCUGGAGACAGAUAUCGAGCAGGUGAGCCAGCUGUCAGCCCUGGUGGAUGCCCAGCUGGAUUACCACAGGCAGGCCGUGCAGAUCCUGGACGAGCUGGCCGAGAAGCUCAAACGCAGGAUGAGGGAGGCCUCCUCCCGUCCCAAGAGGGAAUACAAACCCAAGCCCAGGGAGACCUACGACUUCAGGGAGCCUGACCAGUCCAACGGGGGCUUCUCCUGCACCCCCACCCCCAAAGCCUCAGCUUCCACCUCUUUCCGGUCGGACAAGCCGUCCCGGGCCUCCGUCAGGAGUAUCCCCCCCCUGGACCAGCCCUGCUGCAAAGCCCUCUACGACUUCGAGCCCGAGAACGACGGCGAGCUGGGCUUCAAGGAGGGCGACAUCAUCACCCUGACGAACCAGAUCGACGAGAACUGGUACGAGGGGAUGAUCCACGGCCAGUCCGGCUUCUUCCCGCUCAACUACGUGGAAGUGCUGGUCCCGCUACCUCAGUGAGCGUCCCGAGCUCCAUUCCAGCCCCAGCCCCGCCUCCCGCCUCCCCUCGGGGCCAGGCGCUACCAGGGAACAAACCAGAAGGGUCCCACGGCCCCUUCCCCCCGUCAAUUUGGUUAUUUUCUUUUUUUUGUCCUUUUUUUUUUUUCUUUUUUUUUUUUUUUUUUUUUUUGUCCUUCUGGUGCUUGAACUUCGGUACUUUGUGCGCCCCCAGCCCCGGCCGUGCUGCUGGCACUGCCCUGUCCCUGUCCCUGUCCACUUCCCAUCUUUCCUGUGGGUCCAGCGCGUGGGUGAGGCAGGGAGCACAGCCAGGAUGUGUCCUGGGCACAGGGGGCACAGCCAGGAUGUGUCCUGGGCACAAGUGGCAUAGCCAGGAUGUGUCCUGGGCACAGGGGGCACAGCCAGGAUGUGUCCUGGGCACAGGGGGCACAGCCAGGAUGUGUCCUGGGCACAAGUGGCACAGCCAGGAUGUGUCCUGGGCACAGAGGUGACCUCAGUGGCACAGCCAGGAUGUGUUCUGGGCACAAGUGGCAUAGCCAGGAUGUGUCCUGGGCACAGAGGUGACCCCAGUGGCACAGCCAGGAUGUGUACUGGGCACAGGGGGCACAGCCAGGAUGUGUCCUGGGCACAAGUGGCACAGCCAAGAUGUGUCCUGGGCACAGAGGUGACCCCAGUGGCACAGCCAGGAUGUGUCCUGGGCACAGAGGUGACCUCAGUGGCACAGCCAGGAUGUGUUCUGGGCACAAGUGGCAUAGCCAGGAUGUGUCCUGGGCACAGAGGUGACCCCAGUGGCACAGCCAGGAUGUGUCCUGGGCACAGAGGUGACCCCAGUGGCACAGCCAGGAUGUGUUCUGGGCACAAGUGGCAUAGCCAGGAUGUGUCCUGGGCACAGAGGUGACCCCAGUGGCACAGCCAGGAUGUGUCCUGGCACAGGGAUGGCCCCAGGGCAGGGCAGCCCCAGUCCCACCCUCCCGCCCCAGCCAACACCGCCCCUGGCCCCACAAAUCGCAGAGGGAUCAGGGGAGGGGAGCUGGGGAACAGCAACACUAAAACAGCCAGAGAACACUAACACAGCCCUGCAGGGCAGGAGCUGAGCCCUGCCCGGGCUUUGGAGCCAUCCCUGGGGCUCAGAGCCAUCCCUGCCCACCCUGCAGGGACAGCAGGGAUGUCCCCUGCCCGCCUGGCCCCCUCCCCACUGAGCUCAACCCCAUGAUGGGGGGCUGCUCCUUCUGCCCAUGUUUUUUUCAUGGACCUCAGGCUUUUCCUGCUCCACACUCUCCCAAGCCAGUCCCACCUGCAGGAUCACCUGGAAGGGGAGGAACUGGGCCACAGCCCAGGGUAUCUGUGUGAUGGGACAGAGCUUGUGGCUCCUCUGCCCUUCCUGGGAAUCCCUCCUGUGGCUGUGGCUGGAGCUCACCUGGCCCUCAGGUGCCUUCCCUGCACCCCCAGCCACCCUCCUUGCAACUGCUCUGCCCCUGCAUUGCUGGGAGAAGGGAUGGUUCAUCUCAGUGGCACCUCUGCCAGCCCUUCUCCCUCUGCUGUGCUUUCCCUGGCCAGGGCGUGGGCAUGGGGUGGGCACGGGGUUGGCAUGGGGGGCUGCAGGGCAGCGUGUGCUGGGCCCUGUGGUUUCUCUUGCUGCAAAAGUGGGUGCUGCCCCUCGUGGGGCUGGGAUGGGCCCUGCUGUGAGCCCCAGCUGUGCAGGGCUGUGCUGCAGCACCCCUGUCCCUGCAGCACCUCUGUCCUGCAGCUCUGUGAGCCCCAGCUGUGCAGGGCUGUGCUGCAGCAUCCCUGUUCCUGCAGCACCACUGUCCUGCAGCUCUGUGAGCCCCAGCUGUGCCCCAGCUGUGCAGGGCUGUGCUGCAGCUCUGUGUCCCUGCAGCACCCCUGUCCCUGUCCCUGUCCCUGUCCCUGCUGCUCCUGCCCCGUUCUCUGUAAGGAUUUGGUCCGUGCAUGUCCACGUGUGUCUGACCCCCCCCAGCAGUGACCCCGGCCCCGGGGGGGGCACAGGGCAGCCCCCCCUGCUCCCAGCAGGGCAGGGAGCCCAUGGGACCGGAGUGCUGGGGGCCCUUCCCGCUGUCCCCUCCCCGCUGGGGGACGCUGGCUCCCGCUCAGGUGGAUUGAAAUUGAAAUGCGUUCUGUCAGCUGGGACACCUCGCUAGGUCUAGUUUUGGGGUUUGUUUUUGUUUUUGGUUUUGUUUUGGUUUUUUUUUUUUUUUUUUUAAUGGUUUCUCCUGGUUUUUAGGGGGAAAAAUGAUGACCCACAAUUCUUGACUUGUAUCUCUGAAUGAAAGUAUUAAAUGUUUUCUUCUUUCUAA